GUUUGCUCAUUAUUGUGCCGUUUAAUCAAAUGCCUGUGUAAAAAUAGCAGUCUUGCCAGGCAGUAGUCUUUAGCGCGUUCGAAGGGUGAUGGUGGAGUCUUGUGUUGUCUGCUAAAGAGAGAUUACACGAGGCUGAGAUUAAGCGGAUUCUUCCUAGUGACUGUCGUGUGCUGGCCGUGCAAAAUUGGAAUGGACCCGCGGAAAGUGUCAGAGCUCAAGGCCUUCGUUCAGCUGUGCGGCCAGAAUCCCUCAGUCUUGCACCUACCUGAGCUUGAUUUCCUACGCACUUGGCUGACAGGGAUGGGAGCUACAAUCCCACCACCAAGCACAAAGGGUGCACCAUCUUCAUGCCCGAGGACCGAGUGUCCUUGUUCUGGAGCUUCUGCGCCCACUUCAGCGCCAGAGGAACCUGUGUUUCCAGAGAGUGAGGAAAGUGAACUAGAGAUUGAUGAUGAGGGAGUGAUUGAGCCUGACACAGAUGAGCCGCAAGAGAUGGGAGACUUUGAGAAUUUGGAGGUGACUGAUGAAAUGAUGGAUCAGGCGAAUGAGAAGAAGAUGGAGGCCAUCGCAGCGCUGGGAGAGGGGGAGCUGCAAAAAUCCCUGGAACUGUUCACCGAGGCCAUCAAGCUUAACCCGUGCCUCGCCAUCCUGUACGCCAAGAGAGCCUGCGUGUAUGUAAAAAUGCAGAAGCCCAACGCAGCAGUGAGAGAUUGCAACCGGGCCAUCGACAUCAACCCCGACUCUGCCCAGCCCUACAAAUGGAGGGGGAUGGCUCAUAGGAUGCUGGGAAACUGGGAGGAGGCAGCGCGGGAUCUGGCCACAGCCUGCAAGCUGGACUAUGAUGACGACGCCAGCAUGAUGCUGAAGGAGGUGCAACCGAAGGCAAACAAAAUUAUCGAGCAUCGGCGCAAGUAUGAGCGCAAGAGAGAGGAGCGGGAGAUCCGUGAGAGGCAGGAGAGAGUGAAGAAGGCCAGGGAGGAGCACACGAGAGCACAGAGGGAGCAGGAGGCCAGGCAGCAAGCAGGGGGAACCCCUGGGGGAUUCCCAGGUUUUCCGGGGGGAGCUCCGCCCUUCGGCAUGCCAGGCCUUGGAGAUCUCCUGAAUGACCCUGAGCUGCUUAUGGCCAUGAAGGACCCGGAGGUAAUGGCAGCCUUCCAGGAUGUUGCCCAGAAUCCGGCCAACAUCACCAAGUAUCAGAACAACCCCAAGAUCAUGGCUCUCAUCAGCAAACUGAGCACAAAGUUUGGGGGGGCCCAGGCUUAGGUAUGACACUGACUUCUCAAAGGCUUUUAAUUCUAAAGUAGGGCCUCCACCUAGGGCUGUCUCAAACAUGGCAAGGUUAGUGACCUCACUCCAGGCACACCAGCACACAGAUAAUGAGAACUCACAAAUUACUCUCCUCCUGGCUUUGCCCUCCAAAAAGAUUUUUGUCCAGAGGCAAAAUGGAUCAAAUGAGUGUUUGAGUUGUUUAGUAUAACAUGCCUGUUUUAUGCUAGUUUGGACAUCUGUCAUUUAAGGUUGUUUUGAUAGUUUGACCAUUUAAGAUUCCAUACUUUUGUGUUUCCAACAUAAAUUGCAUUGUCUGUCUUUCCAGUUCCAAUAAAAGCGCUUUAGGUUUUUCAAUGUCAUGGAAAAAUGAGUAAACGAUUAAACAUUGUGAA